ACUGUAGGACUCACACGCGGCCUGGGGCGUCACUUCCCGCCCUCGGGUCCCAGGAAGGGUCACGUGGGGGAGGAUGAGCCAAUGGCAGGGCCACUCCCCCCCUCCCGCCGCAGCUCCCACGUGCUCCCUGCCUGUCUGCAGGGGCUGCUCAGGACCAUGCGCCCCGCGCUGACCGCCCAGCUCUUCCUGAGCUUCUCCGUGAUCCAAGCGCUGCAAGAGUCCUACGAGCUGCCGGCGCCCCGCUUGGAGGUGGAGCCCAGCUACCCGGUGCCGCUGGGGGCGACGCUGCUGCUGCGCUGCCGGGGGGCGUCCGACCCGUUCAGCUACCGCUUCUACAAGGAGGCUCUGCGGGAGGCCCUGAGCCUGGAGGACUCGUGCUGGGAGAGCAUGACCCCCCACCUGCGCCACCCCCAGGCCAGGCUGGGCGGCCGCUACCGCUGCCAGUACGACUUCCACGCCUUCUGGUCCAAGCUCAGCGUGCCGCGGGAUGUGCCGGUGGCCGACCUCUAUGAAGAACCCUUCCUGUGGGAGACUCCCGGACUCUCGGUGCCCCCCGGGGAGAACGUCACCUUCCACUGUAACUCCAGCGGGGGCCUGGACAAGUUCGUCCUGUACCACAGCACGCCGGAGCGUGGAUUCCGGACUCUCAAGCCCCAAGACGGGAACGAGGCCGUUGUCCCUCUCCACAACGAAACAGAGGAAAUAAAUGGGAAUUACACAUGCAAGGGCUACGUGAGCAGUGAGCCCCAUCGGUGGUCGGCUGCCACUGACAGCCUGGUGCUGAGUGGCGGGGGCCUCCCUCCUGGGUGCCGUAAAGCCGUUCUUCUCCAUGUGGUCCUGGCCUUGGCCAUGCUGAGGGGCUUAGGUGCAGUGCUGAAGCCUGGGGGACCCAGAGCUGUUCCCGUGGAGACAGACAGAUGGAGUUCCCUGCUCCCUGAUUCCCAAGCCCAACCUCAUUAGGAACCUACAAUAAAUCGCUGAUCGCA